CUCGACUACUUUGUGCCCCCCCCAUCCACCGAGGGCGAAUCUUGCAACGAGCACACCAUGUCCAGACGGCGGUUUUUUGGGGGGACGUUGCAUGGGACGUUCUUAUCGCAAUGGAGCCAAUGAUGCACGUCUGGGACGCGCAAGCUGCCGUUGGUGCACUUCUUUACAUGUCUCCCGUGGCGCAGCUGUGUGCAUUCGCCGAUUCAUGCUGCUGUGGCCGCUGGCAAAGAUCUUGACAUCUCCGCGCCAUGCAAAGCCGUCACCAGGUCGAGACGCUGACAAGUUGGCAGCUCGCCUCGCCUAUGAGCGCGCCGCGCUGAAACAGGCGUGGACUCGGCUCGACUGGGUGCUCAAAUCAGCUUCAUUCAAGGUUCCAGCGACCCGAUUGUGGAAGCAUCCUCGCAGGGACAGCCACUUGUCAUGUACCCAUUCCCUCGUUCGCAUCAAGCUGCACGUCGAAGUUGCAAUGCAUGAACGAGCGAUGACAGUGGUGUCGACCGCGCCCGCUCCACAUCUGUGGCGUCAGCACCUACGUCGAGAUGUCUUGUUUCGAACACUCGUGAUUCAGGUCAAGUGGCUCGCGGCUAUCUUGGCCCAUGCCAAGACCGAGCUCGCGUCCGCUGCCACAUUUCGCCGGCGCUCUGCCGACGACUGCGUGAAAUCGACGCCGCAACUCCAUGCCGCGUUGCCAUUCCAUGACGACAUGACCCCGACCUACGCACCUCGAACCUUGUCUCGUUGGUACUCUGUGCUACAGCUACCCCUCCAAGACGUGCUUCCGCCCAACGACCACACGCCAUCCAUGGCGUACUUGUCCUUUGAGCUGUUUCUGCUCGAAACGGGGUUUGACAAGUCCGAUGUUGGCCAGCGCCUUCGCCACACAGCAGUCACAGCGCACACGGCCGAUCGCCCGGCCACGAUGCCGCCCUUGCAUGGCCUUGUCUUUGACAUCGCAGCCUACUUGAGCCACGAACACGGCGUCCUUCCUCCGUGCCGUCGUUCUACCCUCGACUGCCUCGUCCGCCAAAUGGUCCACGUGCGGCUGGCCGCCGCAUAUUGCCGCGACGCCGCGACCGUUGUCGCGUUGGCUGCGCGAAAGUAUGACGCGAUCAAGCCGCGCAUGUACGAGCUGGCCGUCCACGAUCUGUCGGAAGUGCAUAUUCAACAACCAGUCGUGUUGCCCCAAACUCGAGCAGCCCUCGAGGCGAUGCCGACGUUCAUGCCACAAGCGAUUGCAGCGGCGUACAUGGCAGCGAUCAGGCUGCUUCACGUGGAAGUGGGCGAAGCAUUGCACGUUCCUGCGUCGACCUUGUCGGCGGACGUGAUUCUGCCGUGUUUAGUUGGUCUGUUCGGACAAGCGUCGUUGCCCGACCUCGCACACCAGGUGCAUGCGAUGGAAAUGCACUUGCCGCCGUCGUGUGGCGAAGGUGAAGUUGCGUACUACAUCGCGCUGGCCCACGCCGCGCUCGGCGCCUCGUAG